GGUGCGCUGUAGGCUACAGUGAAAACGCGCCGCUGCUGUUGUGGUAUCAGUCAGUAGUGCUUCAUCGCUCUCGAACGCAGCCUCGCCGCCCGUAGUGGAUUCAGCCCGUCGAGUCGGAGUCGGAAUCAGGCAUCCAAGAACCAGCAAGCGAAAUCACAACGAUGCCAUUCUCCACGAGACAAAAGACACAACAUAUUAUUUGAUAACUUCUAACAAUUCCGUGCUUCAUCCGCAGCCACCGCUUGCUGUCAACCACCUCUUCCCGUGCGUACGCCCCCUUACCCACAGGCCAGUGCAGGGACCAUGAUGCUCAGCGGCUCGGUAGACGUGCCCAGUCCGGGCGGGAUGAGCGCGGCGGCGGCGCGGAAUGUGGUGCGCAGCUCCAGCAUCAGCGGCGCCAUGUACAGCCUGGAGAAGAGCCCCAGUAGCGGGGUCGGGGGAGGAGGAGGAGGAGGAGGAGGAGGAGGAGGAGGGGACGCCGGGGUCCUUGCCGGGAACAAGAAGCGGCGCUCCAGCCUCGGGGCCAAGAUGGUGGCCAUUGUGGGCCUCUCGCAGUGGAGCAAGAGCACCCUGCAGCUCAACCAGCAAGAUGGCGGGACGAAGAAACUGCGCAGCACGAUCAGACGGAGCACAGAGACUGGCAUCGCCGUGGAAAUGCGUAACCGUGUUACACGGCAGGGCAGCAAGGAGUCCACUGACGGCAGCACCAACAGCAACAGCUCUGACGGAACGUUCAUCUUUCCCCCCACUCGCCUGGGCCCAGAGUCUCAGUUCAGCGACUUCCUGGACGGCCUUGGCCCUGCCCAGAUUGUGGGACGGCAAACGUUAGCCACACCUCCCAUGGGUGAUGUCCAUGUAGGUGUGGUGGACAGAGAAGGUCAGCUGGAGGUCGAGAUCAAUCAGGCUCGUGGCCUGACCCCGAAACCCGGCUCAAAGAACAUUCCCACGACGUACGUGAAGGUGUAUGUGCUGGAGAACGGAGCGUGCCUGGCCAAGAAGAAGACGAGAGUGAUCAAGAAGUCACUGGACCCCUCCUUCCAGCAGUCCCUGCUCUUCGACGAGAGUCCGCAGGGGAAGGUCUUACAGGUGAUCGUGUGGGGUGAUUACGGCCGCAUGGACACCAAGUGCUUCAUGGGAAUGGCGCAGAUCAUGUUGGAGGACCUGGACCUGUCGUCCAUGGUGAGCGGCUGGUACAAGCUGUUCCCCACCUCCUCCCUGGCUGACCCCAGCAUCGGCCCGCUGACCCGCCGCCUCUCCCAGUCCUCCCUGGAGAGCGCCACCAGCCCUUCCUGCACCUAGAGGCCCAGUGCACCAGCCACCUGUCUGCCCUGCCCCCCCCACCCCCACCAACACACACACACACACCAAACUAACACACACACACACACACACACACGCGCAUGCCCUGGCCCUGGCCCAAUGGCUCAUCCAUGCCCUGACCAAUAUGCCCUUUGCCCAAACCCUGCCCCCCCCCUCCCAAAUGCCUUCUACUAAACUAGAAGAUGCUGCAAGCCCAGUACAGUGCGAUGUAUGAAGUUUACCCCCCCCCCCCCCAAAACCCCAGUUAUACUCACCUAAACAUAAUAAGGCCACAUACACAUAUACAUACGCACACGCAGACCAGUGUGUUUGCCUAGCCAGCACAUACAGUAUAACCUCACAUGUGGCCCCACAUACCAUUAUGAACACAUACACCACACACACACACACACACACACACACACACACACAUAAAUGCAUACAGUUAAGAUGCACAUUAAUUCUGUCAAGUAUACUUUGUUGCACAUUCUGGCACAAAACAACACAUACAAACAGAUACAAACAUACACACACACUCUUUCUCUCACACACACUCUUUCUCUCUCUCUCACACACACACACAAACACAUUCAUGUUCACAUUCAGUGAAGAUAGGAUAUAAAUCCUAUCACUAAUGGUCUACUGUAGCAUCUAAACCCUGUCCCAUCAUUAACUGUCCUGUCAAAGAAGCAAAACAAUGCACGUGCACACACACACACACACACACACACACACACACACACACACACACACAUACUGAUGCCAUUUAUCUCUGGGGGGGAUCAAAAUGUAGCAGCACCCACCUUUACCUCCCCCGCAUGGCACCGUCCUCCACACACACAUACACACACACACACAAAUAUGAAAGGGCACUCAUCGAUUUUUAAGGUACUUCUUUCCCAGGGUCACCCCAGGGUCAUUCUGAUGCCAGUCUUUAACCUCUCUAUGCCAAAUCCCAUAAGAAGUUUAUUUUUUAAAACCAAAGCUAUGUAUUAUUAUUAUGAUUAUUAUUAUGAUGAUGGUCAUGAUUAUUAUUAUUUAAUAAUAAUAACAAUGAUGAUUAUGGUAAUAAUAAUAACUUUGUCCGUGUUGAAGUAUUGAUAUGUAGCAUAGUUAGAUGAGAUGCAAAAAAAGAGAAGACAAGUUUUAACAGUCAAUCCUAAGUGUCAUGAUUAGCUACACCAAUGAACGUCAGGGCUCUCAAAAACUGAAAGGUUGUGUUCAGAACAGUGCAUAAAGGCUUUUAUGUGAAGUAGCGAAACAUGUGACCUUUCCCAACACGGAGCUUCUCAAUGUGUAGAUAGAUAACUUACGAUAUUUGUGAUCCUAUGUAUAUUCUAACUGCAUUCUGCACGUUUUUUUUCUUGCAACCUCUCUGCAACAUAAAAAGAAAAUGUUUUCAAAAAGUGCUGGGUUUUUUUAGCUUGCCAUUAUAGACUAGAGAUGGUAUUUGAUUUAUUUUGCUGAAGUUGAGCACUGUCUUGUCUGGGAACCAUGAGAAGGAGUGACACAGAAAUAUCAAAGUGUCCAAAAGGUCCCUCUGUGCAGUAAGGACCGUUUCAAGCAGUGGUCUUCAACCAGCUCAGCCACCCUCCUGGCACAUGGGAAUGCCAACAUGGGAAACAGUGGCUCAGCCAACACAAUGGAACACCAGCUCCAGAAAAUACCACCCUGGCUCCAUGGUAGAGUCCUUCCUCCUUCCACUGGAGUUUACUUCUCAGCUUAGGUCACCCAUUGCAGGACUGUCUCCCCAAGUCCAGGAAUCGACCCCCCCCCCCCCCCCCUCCCCACUGGACCAACUCCCACACUAGUACCCUCUCACCUCCUGGCCCGAGACACUGUGGGUCCACAGCUGUCCCCUAGAGUCUGUAAACAAAAUGUGCCAGCCCUAAAAAACAACAACAAUAACAACAAAAUCCCCUUUAGGGAACUAUCCUCUGUGCCCAAUCCUGGGUAACAUGAACUUGUGUGAGAUAUUUCACUCUCUCUCUCUCUUUCGUUGUGGUCUGUGUGUGUAAUAUUUAUGGGACACAAGUUGGCACCACAUGACUGGAAACAGUCUCUCCAGAGUGCACCACUGGACAUUAACGUACAUGUAGUCUAGUUUUGGGAGCAGGACCACCUCCAGAUGAAAUCAAAAUGAAAUUACUGUUUUAUCCAUCCUCGUUUUGACUGUGGUCAUUCAUCCUGGUCACUCCAUCGCCAUGGCACGUUUCCAAGCCACCAGGGCAACUUGUUUUGUAACUCUGAACUGUCUGUCAUCCAUCAGCUGCCACCCAUUUGAGAGACAGUGCGUCGUCAUCAUCAUCAUCAUCAUCAUCAUCAUCAUCAUCAUCAUGACCAUACUAACCAGCUUUACCAGUCAGGUAAACCAAUCGGACAUGCCAAGGCCUCACUAAAACAUAAGGGAUAUCUGCAGAUCCAGAGUUUGAUGUCCAGAGAACCUUUAGAUGGCCCCUGCUCCAGGACGUCAACCACGGCUUAGUGUUGCCCCAUUGAAAAGACCCUGAUGAGUAUUAAGGAGAAAGAUGACCUAACAUGACAUAACAUGGACUAUCAGAGUUGUCAAUAUGUUUGUUUAUUUAGAUCUUGUCAUUUUAUUUGUCACCAUAGUGAUUGUGAUUUAACAGUUCUCCUGCACAAUUCUAUGGUCUUCUGGUCCGCUGCUUUGGUCCAGACUAUUUUUUUUUUCUUUUUUAAAUGAUUUUGACCAUUCCAGUCUGAGGAUUUGGACAUCGUCUUUCUACCUGAACAGCAUCCUGUUAACCGACCUUAAUGCAUGUACAUCUCCUCUCCGCUUGACCUGAGCUUCAUUUCUGGUAUACUCUCCUAAUUUUGCUCAUGAUUAUCAAUAUGUGGUAUUAGUACGUAUCUGUAGUAAGUCAGUGUCAAUCUGUAAAUUCAAAUAGUUUUUAUUUGGUGAGUUUAGACUACACCAAUGCACUUUUAUUCUGGUUAUUUAUAGAGUGUGUUUUGAAAAUGUUAUUAUGAUUCCUGUUGUCCAGUUAUUUUCUGUACAUAAACUGGGGACGGAACACCUGCUUCGUCAAAAGGGAUUUCGGAUACUUCUGGAGUAUCCGUAUUUGUUUCAAAGACGUGUUUUUGUCCCUGUUUAUAUUGACAAUGGACUAUUUCCUUGUUCUCAUAAUGAACCUUUAAGCUUUUAACUGCACUGGCUCAAAAAGUAGCUGUGAGUCUGCUUUCACCCACAUCACCCAUCAGAGUUAGUAAGACAUGUCAAAUGUAUUUUUUUGGGGGGUUUGAAAGACCACAAUCCCUUGUGGUUAUGGAACUUAUAACAGGUCUAGUGUUUUAGUUAUGAUUUGAAGAUACACACUGACUUCUGAGUACUCUUUAGUUUAUGGUGGAGUUACAAUGGAGUCAAAUGAUGAUAUUCAUUGACUAAGCAUCUACUGAGCUGAUGUGCAUUCGUAUUUACUUAGCCUUUGUAUUCUCUCUCAUCAUUCUCUGAUUUUGGUCUUUAGAAAAAAAACUUCCAAAUGAUAUUUAAAGAUGACUUUUCUUUAUUUUUUGAAAAAAAAAAAAGAUUGGAUUUAUUAACUCUGUACUUGUAUGAAUUAUUAUCAUCUUAAAUGUCACUGAGCUGCUAAUGAUGGAUUUCUCUGUGUUAUCUCCCCAAAAUCGUGAGAGGUGGAAAGUUUGGGUGUCUGCACCAGGUCGAAGGCCUGAAUUUAAUCAGAACCAAAAGACUCUUCCUCCUUUUCCUGAUACAUUAUGGGAAAUAGGUGGGUUGGCAAAGGCCUCCGAGUGAUCUCAAAAUUUAGAGCUAUCUCUAUGGCAACAGUGCAUCAGUUGGGCUAGUUCACCAUGAAAGAUAACUUAUUUAAUGUCAGUGAUUAGUUAACGCCUUUGUAUUGAGAAAAUUUGAUGUAGUCUCCCUUGUGCCCCAAAAGGCACUUCCAUGUCGACAUGUGUUUGUACAAUAGUGAGAUGAGGGGUAUAUUGGCAGUAUAUAUAUAUAUAUAGAUGAUAUAUAUCUAUUUUUUUCAUACUUGCACAAUAUUGUGAGUAGCGCCUUCGUGACCACUGACAGACUUAUGUAUGUGGAUGAUAAGAGCAUAAAAAUGAGUUGCAUUAUUUAGUCAAAAGAAAAAGAGAAAUUGUAUUAAAAUGUAUUGAGAGACAAAAUAACUGAAUAACUUUGCAGCUGAAUGUUUUUGUCCAUGGUAUACAGGACUGUGACAUGACUAUGAGCUUUAUCAGUGUGAUUUUCGUAUACUUGAGAAUGUUUGUGUCUCCAUUCUGGUUGGUGGAGUGCCCUCGUUCUCUUUACUGCAGAUUUGUAUUGAGUGCUAUUACAGCAUGAUGGAGUGAAUGCAUGAACUGUAUCUGAACCCAGACUUUUCAGUCCUUUGAAUAUUCUCUCCAGAGGAAUCCAAUCAGAUGUAUUAUAUGCUGAAAUCCCAUCUAAAAUGGAAGUGGACAAAAAAAACCCCACUGAUAGAUAAAAGCCAAUUUACUUUUCUGUGUGAAGCCUCACAGAGAGCUGUGCAGUGUCUACUCUGCAUAUGGCAUUGUAUAUGGUCCUGUAUGUUAGGUAUAUGUAUGGUUGAAUAUAUCCAUACUAAUUAUGCUAAGUAUUAGCACAGUUGCUGAACAAGGAAGUGGGCCAACUCUCAACCAAACUGAACUCAACCGAAGCAGAAUGGCUCAUCAUCUCUUAUGAUUUGUAUUUUCUUGACGCUAGUUUGCCCCAUGAGGUUCAGGCUCCUCUUUGGUCCUCCACGAUCUGUCCACUAGUUUUGGUUCAGGGGUCGGUUUGGUCCAGCACUGUCCCCCUGGGACUGCAGUUUGGCAGUGUGUGUUGAUCAGGUGGGGCAGGCAAAGGGCUGUACUACAAAACAAGGUGACGGGCCAGCCCGGGUAACCGAUAUUGUGACGUGUUGUUUCGAGAUCAGCGGUUGGUCCUGAAGUAAACCUGGUUGAGCCAGUAACCUUGUUUCGGAGUACACCCCUCAGGUGGAGUGGAGUUCCAGGGGUUUGAGUGGUGGAGCCUGUUUGGGCAGAUCGUUGGGCCAUGUCCUCUGGUUUCCCCCGGUGGUGGGAAGGAGAUGGAGUGGAGAUGUAGUGAGCCUUGGCCUUCACCCACAUCAAAUGAUUGGGAUGGAUUGGGUUUAUUGUCUGUGGCACAGUGGAGUGGAGUGGGGUGGGGUAGAGGACAGGGCGGUGGUAGUGUAGUGGCUAAGGAGGUUGGCUGGCAUGCAGUAGCCUGAAAAAGUUGUGGGUUCAAUUCUCGGCUUCCACCGUUGUGCCCUUGAGCAAGACACUUAACCACUUGCUGUGGGGUUGGCCCUUGUAAGAUAAUUGACAUAAUAAUUCGCUUUGGAUUAAAGUGUAAAUGAGUAAAUGUAAGGUGAUAAAUGAGAGAGCUUCGGCAGUGCCUGAGGCAGUUACUCUCUCACGCACACAGACACAGUUGUUUCACAAAGAGGAUUUUGUUGUCGUUGUUUUCUUUGGGCACAAAUAGGCUCUUCAAGGACAUUUGCCUGAAAUGUCCUGUUCUCAAGAACCUUUUGGUAAAAGAGGUCUAUUUCAGGACACUGCAGAAACCCAUUGAGCGCUCACAAACAGCAUUACGUACACUCUGUGUUGUUCACAGUGUCUUUCUUCUUUGGAUGGACUGAUGUCUUAUAGGGAAGAAACGUUUGGUUGAGCUGAUAAUUCUUUUCGAAAAUAACAAAGGUUAGUCUGGAGUAGUUGAUGACAACGGCCUGACUGUGGAAUUAUUUUUCCCACUACCCCGCCACAUUAUUUAUUGAGAUGUAUGUAUAUAACAUAUACCUGCUACUGUUUUUAAAGACAACUUGCAAGGAAUUAAUAAUAUAUUGCUGUGUUUAUUGCAUAUGUAGGUAAAGCUGUAUGGGUUUGUCUGUUGACUUGGUUAUGAUUACGACUCCUGUGUAUCUGGCUGCCAUCUAGAGGAUGACCACAGUAGCACAUGUGUAGAAAUUUUGUCCUCGUAAAGCAGGUUUCCAUGUGUAGAAAUUUGGUCCUGGUCAAGCAGGUUUCCAUGUGCACAUACACAAAUAGAGGAAUAUGAUGGUGGGGUCCUCAAAAGGCAGGUCUUUAAAUGCACACACACACACACAAGUAAAGGAAUUAUGAUGGUGGACAAUCAGAUUGACCUGGAUUGUGCUUUUCUUGUAUUGCUUGCCCUGCUGGCUUGCUUUUCAGAAUGCUGCUGUACUGAUAGAUGGAAGGAAAGGGGGAGGUGGGGGCUUGCCAUAGAGGCUUAUUGAGUGGCUGCCGUUAAAAACCCUGACAAAACUUCAACAGUCGAUUGGCUGAUGUGUUGGUCCCUGCUUUGACCGCCAUUUUGGAAAUUCUAUGACUUUUCAAAUGUUUCUUUUUGUGGAGAUGUAUCUGUCGAGUUGUUUAUAUGGUCUCACCUCCGACCAGGUAUUAUCAAUAUAUUUAAAACUAUGGUAUAUUUGAGAUUUUAUUUUAUUUUUGUAAAGUGUGGGGAGAUGAUUUGUCGGAGACUGGUUCAACGACAGUUGCUGGGUUGAAUUCUGCCUUGGAAUUCAUUCAAUGAGGGCUUGUGAAGUACAGUAAGUUGCCUUACUUUAUUUAUGAGAUGUAAUUUUUACUGUAGCAGCACGAGCACAUGUUCGAAAGAUUUAAAAUGAAAACAAAACUCUUCAACUAUUGUAAGUUAGUAUUUGCUGAGAUAUUAUGAAUGUAUUAAUGAAUCAUUUCACUUGAUUUUGGUUAAAACGUAUGUCUUAUUGUUUUGGGUAAUGCUAUUGAAACCCUAAUGUUGUGGGGCGAGCUGCCCUUUUUUCUCAGAUGUUUGUAUUUACCAACCUACCUUUGUUAAAGAGCCUUGCUAAUGAUAGUAAGAUUUUGCACCCCAUUUAAGAAUUUGUAUUUUAAUCUAAGAUGUGGCUGGCAUUAAAGCAUUGGAAAAUUAUAUAUUGAUUGAUUGUAUUGCUGCCAGACUUAAGCUACACAUUUGUAGUUAAAUUAAAACUUUUUGCAUGGUUAUUUUACGAACACUGCUAUUUUAUGGUCUUGACAAAAUUGAUGUAUUCAACUGAUAUUACAGUAUAAUAAUGGGAACUUUUUUGAAGCAUUGUGAGAACUUGGACCAGGAAUUCAUUGUAGCAUGCAAUCAGACUUACUAACUCUGGCUAAAUCCUUUUCCUUGCAAUAACUUGAGUGAACCUGAUUAACCCUGGCUCUUUAAAGAUGGCUUCCUCUUCAAGAAGGGUUUUCUGGCCACAGAAUACCUCAUCUUUUGUAUUAGUUUACUUUUGCACUACUUGAAGAAUUAAAAAGAUUAUAAAGCUGUUUUUGUUUGUUGUAACAAGACAAUUUACUGAAAGCAUGCAAGGUUUCGGAAAAACUUUGAAAAUGAGACUUGACCCAAUAGCUUGAAAAAACGAACAAACAAAUGAAAUACAUCCUUUGAAAGAACAGCCCAUGUCUGUCUUUCCUGUAGCACCAUUGUGAUGUUUUUUUUUUUCUUUGUAAAACUACAUUCCCAAGUCCAAAAUAGUCAUCAGCAUACUUAUUGUCCUUCUGCAAUUGUUAUCAGAACAGCACAAGCAGUUGAGUGGCCAAAUUGAUGUUUAAACAAAAUUUAAUUACAGCAAGGGGCAAGUGCUAAGACACAAAAACAAUUAUUGUGAAAGUAUAGCCACUUUGUAUUGAGCAUAAUUGUGUUGAUUAGGUUAGAUGAUGGGAGAAGCCAAAAGUACUUUGCUUUCAGGCCUCAUCUGAAGCACAGGCGCACGUUGUAAGGCUCCGGAAAUGAAUGUUUUCAUAUGACCUAUAUCCAUCUUUUGUCAAUCAACACUCCUUUGGAAGAGCAAAUUUUUUUCUCCUCCUGCCCUUAUUGCAUAACGAAGGCAUUGGCAAGCCGAGAGGGCAUAUGUUGAUGCAUAUGUAAAUCAUACAAGCAACUCACACGUAUAAGAAGGGAGCUGUAAUUUUAUACUUGUGCUUUGUAAAUGUUUUCUAUGUGCAGUAUUUGAUAAUGUAAAACUGGUAUUUUUGUGGUUUGUACGCGGCAGAGUUGAUUAUUUAAAAGUGCACGUAGUUUUGUAAGAAAAGACACACAAAAAUCCUCUCCCACUCACACAUAGAAAUUUUGAUUCAAAAUUCUGUAUCUGCAUGCCUCUUUGACAGCUGGGAGCAAAGUCAAUAAAGUUUUAUUUGAACCAUC